AUGGUGUGGGUGAGAGCGGGCAGGACAUGGGACCGCUUAUUGUGGGUGAUGGAAUUCAUGGGGGGCAAGGAUUUCAUCGGGGGCACACCAUGCGACCCACGGUGUGGUGAUGGGGAUUCAGGGGCACAGGACCAUGCGACCGCUUCACACGGUGUGGGUGAUGGGAUUCAUGGGGGCACCAGGACAUAUGCGACGCUUCACGGUGUGGGUGAUGGGAUUAUGGGGGCAACAGGGAUUCAUGGGGGGACAGACAUUAAUGCACAGCUUUCAACAGGUGGGUCUCUCUCUCUCUCUCUCUCUCUCUCUCUCUCUCCUCUCCUCUCUCUCUCUCCUCCCCAGCUGUUGCGGGAUGCUGCAGAUGCCGACAGAGAUGGAGAAUUACGCCACACACAAUGGGAGAGAAGAAUGUCUGAUGCUGCUGGAGUAACUGAUGGCCCCCAGCCCCACAUCCUCGAGCCCCAAGACAGCCUCGAGCCCCAAGACAGCUUCGAGCCCCAAGACGCCCCAGCCCCAAGACAGCCCGAGACCUCGCCCCAAGACAGCCUCGAGCCCCAAAAACAGCCUCGAGCCCCAAGACAGCCUCGAGAGCCUCGAGCCCCAAGGACAGCCCCGAGCCCCCCCAAGACCAGAGCCCCAAGGACAGCCCCGAGCCCCAAGACAGCCUCGAGCCCCAAGGACAGCCCGACCCCCAAGGACAGCCUCGAGCCCCAAGACAGCCUCGAGCCCCAGACAGCCAGCCCCAAGACAGCCUCAGCCCCAAGACAGCCCCGAGCCCAAGACAGCCUCGAGCCCCAAGACAGCCUCGAGCCCCAGACAGCCUCGAGCCCCAAGACAGCCUCGACAGCCCCGACCCAAGACAGCCCGAGCCCCAAGAGCAGCCCCGAGCCCCAAGACAGCCUCGAGCCCCAAGACAGCCCAAGACAGCCCCCAGACAGCCCCAGCGAGCCCCAAGACAGCCCUCGAGCCCAAGACAGCUCGAAGCCCCAAGACAGCCCGAGCCCCAAGACAGCCUCCACCCCAAGACAGCCUCGAGCCCCAAGACAGCCUCGAGCCCAAGACAGCCCUCGACCCCAGACAGCCCCGAGCCCAACAGCGAGCCCCAAGACAGCCCGAGCCCACAGCCUCCAGCCCAAGACAGCCGAGCCUCAAGACAGCCUCGAGCCCCAAGACAGCCUGAGCCCACAGACAGCCUCGAGCCCCAAGAGCCCCGAGCCCAGCCCCGAGCCCCAAGACAGCCUCCAGCCCAAGCCAGCCCCAGCCCAAGACAGCCCGAGCCCCAAGACAGCCCCGAGCCCAAGACAGCCCCGAGCCCCAAAGAUCCAGCCAGCCCCGAGCCCCAAGACAGCCUCGAGCCCCAAGACAGCCCCAGCCCAAGAACAGCCUCGAGCCCCAAGCCCGACGAGCCCCAGACAGCCCCGAGCCCUAAGACAGCCUCGAGCCAAAGACAGCCCCGAGCCCAAGACAGCCCCGAGCCCAAGACAGCCCCACAGCCCCAAGACAGCCCAGCCCAAGACAGCCCGAGCAAGACAGCCACGACAGCCCCAAGAGCCCCGAGCCCAAGACAGCCCAGCCCGAGCCCCAAGACAGCCCCGAGCCCCCAAGACAGCCCUCGGCCCCAAGACAGAGCCCAAGAAGCCCCCGAGCCCCAAGACAGCCUCGAGCCCCAAGACAGCCCAGCCCCAAGACAGCCCCAAGACAGCCCCGAGCCCCAAGACAGCCCCCCCCCCGAGCCCCAAGACAGCCUCAGCCCCAAGACAGCCCGAGCCCCUCUUCUCCUCCCCCUCCUCCAGCGGCGGCGAGAGGCGACCCGACUGUCUUCAGAGUCAACAGAGCCCCCGCGUUUCGCCAAACAUCGGAAGCUCCCUCUCUCUCUCCAUCCCUCUCGAUGAGGUUGGGAAGAAUGAGAGGGAGGCUCAGAGGGACUCACGACAGAUCAGAAACUCACAGGAGAUUCACUUCAGACUCAGAGAAGAACUCACAGGAGAUUCACUUCAGACUCAGAGAAGACUCACAACAGAUCAGAAACUCACAGGAGAUUCACUUCAGACUCAGAGGAGACUAACAAUUCAGAGGAGACUAACAACUGACCAGAAACUCACAGGAGAUUCACUUCAGACUCAGAGAAGACUCACAGCUGAUCAGAAACUCACAGGAGAUUCACUUCAGACUCAGAGAAGACUCCGGCAGAUCAGAGGGGAUUCACUUCAGACUCAGAGGAGACUAACAGCUGAUCAGAAACUCACAGGAGAUUCACUUCAGACUCAGAGAAGACUCACAACUGAUCAGAAACUCACAGGAGAUUCACUUCAGACUCAGAGAAGACUCACAGGAGAAUUCACUUCAGACUCAGAGAAGACUCACAGGAGCUUCACUUCAGACUCAGAGAAGACUCACAGGGGCUUCACUUCAGACUCAGAGAAGACUCACAGGGGCUUCACUUCAGACUCAGAGAAGACUCAUGACUUAUCAGAAACUCACAGGAGAUUCACUUCAGACUCAGAGGAGACUCCCUGA